AAAUGAAAAAAAAGGCAAAAAAAAAAAACCCAGAUUCUGAAAAAUAUUCAUUAUCAGAAGUUCAGAACCUUUCCACUUCCUUGACGCCUUCAACCUUCGCAGCCCAAAUUGAAAACCCCAAUUUCCAUUUCCAAUUUGAUUGUGUCCAAUUCUUUCCAAAUUGGUCGGAUCUCCGAUCUGACAGGCUGAGAUAUUAGCUGAAGAGAACAAAACAAUGAGCAAUUUGAGAACCAUCUGUCGGCCGCACACGGUCUUCACGUCCUUCGUGUGUUGCAGACACCAAGCUCGCUUCGGCUCUAGGGUUUCAUUUCGAAACCCUAAUUGCGGUCCUCGCUUUCCGCCGGUGUCCGAUUUUGCGAGAUUGAAUUGGGGCGGCUCGUGGUCCCGGGUCAAUCAGAGAAGGACGGUGGUUAGGGCUUCCAGUUGGGACCAUCCCAAAUCUCCCUACGAAACUCUUGAAUUAGAGAGGGACGCUGACGAUGACCAGAUAAAGAUUGCUUACAGACGGUUGGCCAAGUUUUAUCAUCCAGAUGUCUAUGAUGGUAGAGGGACUCUAGAGGAGGGGGAAACAGCUGAAGCUAGAUUUAUUAAGAUUCAAGCUGCUUAUGAGUUGCUCAUGGAUGACGAGAAGAGGGAACAAUAUGAUAGGGAUAACCGACUCAACCCAAUGAAAGCAUCUCAAGCAUGGAUGGAGUGGCUAAUAAAGAAGCGAAAAGCUUUUGAUCAGCGAGGUGAUAUGGCAAUAGCUGCUUGGCAAGAGCAACAGCAGCGUGAGAUGAAUAUUCGUGCACGUCGACUUUCUCGUUCCAAGGUUGACCCAGAUGAAGAGAAGAGAAUCCUGGCAAGAGAAAAAAAGGCCUCGGCAGAGUAUUUCUCCAGUACCCUCAAGCGACACACACUAGUCUUAAAGAAAAGGGACCUAAUGCGAAAGAAAGCAGAGGAAGACAAGAAAAAGCUCAUCGGUCAGCUUUUAGCCGCGGAGGGACUUGAGCUUGACACACAGGACGAAGAAAAACGGUAGAGCAAGAUUUCCUCUUUGGCUUCUGACAGUGUAAUUUGUACUAUAGAAUACACUUUGUAACGGCCGCUGAAGACAAAUCCGUCCGUACUUAUAUUCAACAACGAGAGAAAAAUUAAUCUGUAUAUAUCUUUCGUUGAAGAAAUUUAUAGAAAUUAAUGAAAAAAAUCCCAUUUAAUUA